AUGUGGAUUUCUAUGGAUGCUCCUUUCAAAGCAGCGGUCGACAGCAGCAACGUCUGCUCAUCCGGCCUCAAAUUCGUCAAGUGCCCGACCUGGAGCGGUUGCUGCGUUGUCAACGAUUGCAAAAAUCGUGACGGUUGCCCUGACGCGCAAACAACGGGCAAAAAGACAGCAACUACUAUCGCGGCCGUCGCCCCUCCCAUCGCAGCUUCCCCUACUCCCGCGAAGUCGGAUAAGUACCGAUCCGACACUCGGCUGCUGCAAUCGACAUCGAAGCCUCCAUUGACCGCUGGCCUUACGACCUACUUCAGCAGCGAGCCCACCGGAGGCGGUGCUUGGUUCACCGACACCAAGGCCUUGCCUCUCCCCACCGCCGUCUCUCUGACGUCUGGCGCCGCCAUCACUCAGACUUCUCCAGCUGUCGCUUCAGCUACCGCUCCGACAGCCGAGAAGAAAGGUUCUCAGCUCUCAGGUGCAGAAAAGGGUGGGAUCAUCGGUGGUGUCGCUGGCAUCAUCCUGGCAAUCAUUGUCAUCUGGUUCAUGUGCGGUAAGCAGAAGAGAAAGCUCAGGUCUCGGUCCUCCAUCGAUUCUCUGGACAAGACCGGAGUCAAUGGCAGUGUUGAAGAGGAAGAUACCCCGGUGCCGCCCACGACUGCCAACUCUGUCCAGCAAGAACAGCAGUCGACCAGCAGCUAUUCCCGUUCCGAGAACGUCUUUUCGCCUUUUGGAGGACGAUACGAAGAACCUCAGAGCCGCUUCAACCGGAUCAGCGAGAUGAAUCCCAACAGCAAGAUGAUGAACCACCCUGUCAACCCCAUGUCUCGCGAUUCCAUCGCUCCCCCUCCCAUAUCGAGCGUCGUUGCGAGGUCUACAACUGCGAGCCCUGAAGUCAUUGCUAGAUCAGCUACGGCAAGCCCCGCAAUCAUCGCCAGAUCAGCUACUGCCAGCCCCGAGUUCAUGUCCCGGCUGGGUACAGCUACUCCUGAGCUUCAGGGCCCCCCGCAGGAAGCAGCUAUCGCUGAACUGGCUUCACCUGGCCUGCCGAAGGUCGUCGAGAUCCACAGCAUUCGCAGCGGCGUCAAGAAGUACAAGCCUUACCGCCCCAAUGCAUCAUCCAUGUAUCCGGUUGCCGAGACCACGCCAAGUUACCUUACGGGGACAAUGAACGCUACACAAGAGGAGCGGUCGAGCAUGAAGUACGUCAACAGCUGGAAAGAGUGGGAGUCAACUACCUGA